GGAUUAAAAUCAACAACUCUUACAAAACCUUUCAUUCUUACAAAAACACAUCUUUGUAAAAGUCUCAUUUUCUUGCCCACUACAACCAACAAUGGCUAUCUUACAAAAGCUGAGACGGUCUUUAUCAAGCGAAAGAAGAUCAGCCGAGGUUCCAAAGGGGCACUUAGCCGUUUACGUUGGGGAGACCAGCGAAAAGAAGAGAUUUGUUGUUCCGGUGUCUUAUUUGAAGAAUCCUAUGUUUCAAGAGUUGCUGUCUCAAGCCGAGGAGGAAUUUGGGUUCCAUCAUCCAAUGGGAGGCAUAACAAUUCUCUGCAGCGAGGACUUAUUCAUCGAUCUCACAUUCCACCUGCGCAAGGCAGCGUAAAGUACAGAAUCAGUGUAUAGUUAGAUAGACAGAUAAAAGUAGAUAUUUUUUUUAUUUUUCAGGAAUUUAUCCUUUCACAGAGGAUUUUUUUUCUCCUGGAUAAGAAUUGUAAUCCCUUACAAGAAAUCAAUGAAAAAACUUAGCUGUUGAACAAUUUCAUGAUGUAAGAGCGUUACCUGAUUCAGGCAGGUUUUGUAAAUUCUAUGCAUAAGAUCUCACUCAUUGUUAGUGAAUAAUAUGCUUCAAAUAUUUUAAACA